GUUAGAAUUCCGAGUUUGGAAUUCGCUACAAAAAGUGUGAAUUUUUCAACAUUUUUCAACUUUUACGUGCCAGAAAAAACAAAUUCAAGUCGUUCGUAAUUCCCGUCGUCGUUCUCGCUGGAAAACUAGGUCUAUCUGGCCUUUUCCUUUACAUAAAAAGGAUCCUUUUACAAUGCUUCGACAAGGAAUCAACCAACUCACAAUCAACACCUAAGAGAUCACCACCAACACAGAAAUCGGAAACCGGGAUCCGGGGUGUUUGGAAGGUAGCCAUCGGGCACCGGCAAGUUUUAAGUCAUCAUCAGGGCAAAGUGUUGGAACGGAAAGAUUGCACCUCACAUCCGGAACAUCCGUGUCCGUGAAAUUUCAACUAAGGAGCAAGGAUUCCACGAGAGGUGGCAGGUUACAGGGAAAAGGAUAGUGGUAUUGGGGUAAAUUCUUACUGAAGAUGAAGAAGAAGAAGUAGGCCCAGAAACGAAAAACGAACCAAAAAAAUGUUGCGGUUGCGACACGUAAUUCCGUCCAAUAAUGAUGUAGAAGAAAUCUAUAUCGUGAGGCCAGAGGUUGACUCCGGGGCGUGUACGAGCGAUCCGUUUAUCGAUGAAGCUACCGGACUCGAGUCCGUAAGAAGCCCGAGGGUUGAGGAGGUAGAAAUCAAGGAGGAACCGGAUAGUCCAAGCAAUAAUUUGGACUAUCCUUGCACGGCGGGAUGCGAUGCAGGCAGUUCCUCCGGAAUGCAAUUUGAUGCAAUUUGCGGGAGGAAGGAUGCAAAAUCUUCGAAGGACGGAAUUAUCGAACAGCAAGCUGGCAAAGAUGACUGCGUCAAAUGCAAAUCACCGGAAAGUUGUGCUAAGGCAAACACGAACCAAGAAACGACUUCUUCCAGUGAGGAAAACAUGGCACUGCACUGCACACGACGAAAAGUAAAGGACAAAACAACAACCCAAGUUGAUCUGGAAAAGAAAGCCAUAACGAGGUGUUACAUCUGCCGAAAUGAUUUGGGAGUUAGGAAAAAGCUGAUGCGGCAUCUGAGGAUCGAACAUCAGCACCAAUUGCCGUUUAAAUGCAACAUGUGCGUGUCAGACCCGAUAAAUAAUCUGAAUAGACUUAACAUGCACCAUUUGCAACAUGAUCCAUCGUUAAGGAGGCGUUGUUUGUAUUGUCCGGCAAGAUUUUCGUGCGGACAAGCCGUUAGCAAACACAUGAGAAAGCAGCAUAAUUCUCAAUAUAGCAUUGAUGCCCAAAAAAAGCGCCGAUUUGUUUGUCGCUACUGCGAGCAAAAGUUCACUAAGAAGUUCGAUUUGGAGAAACACGAGAAGAAGCACUUUCUGCCCGAGCCAGACAAGUGCAAACGAGAACUGGAGUGCUUCAUCUGCAACGAAUAUAGGGGAGACACUCGUGAGGAUUUGAACGAACAUUUUAGGGUGCAUACUGAUUGUUUGCCCUACCAGUGUGAGAAAUGCGGCGAUAAGCUGAUCAAUUCUGCCCGGGUGUUAUGUGAGCAUUUGCGGCAGCAUGCGGAAGGAUUGGCAAUCAAAUGCGUCUACUGCGAGGAACGAUUCGUUUCGUUGGCUGAUUGCCAGCAUCACGAAGAAAAAGUCCACGUGCAAGAUAAGCAAAUGGAUGAGCAGCAAGAGGCCGAAAUACAGGCGGAAAUCCACAACACUCAGAUAGUGGUAGUGGAAGGCCAGAAACGUUUCCAAUGUAACCACUGCGAUCGGUCAUAUACACUACUUAGUACGCUUCGAAGGCACCAACACGUUCAUCAACUUAGCACCAUGGAUAAGAAUUUUAUGUGCCAGUACUGUAGCAAAGUGUUCAGGAAAGCUACUUCGCUCGUGAUGCAUCAAGAACGCGAUCAUGACGGCGAUAAUCCCUUUUCGUGUGAUAUUUGCUGCAACCGAUUCAAAGAGCACACACUAUUAAUUGAGCAUAAAAGAUCGCAUUCUGACGAAAAACCAUACAUUUGUGAUGUAUGUGGAAAAUGCUUCCGCAUUCGACAAGUAUUGAACGAACAUAAAUUGAGUUGUUUUGGAGCGGAAGCAGCUCAACCCUGUUUCUGCCGCUUUUGUAUGCUCACGUUCGAAAAUCUGUCUGUUGCUUUAACUCAUGUAAGAACCGCACAUGAAUCAGAUAUUCCCGAAACAAAGUGUCGUUCAUGUGAUUUGAUCUUUCGGGAUGCAGAAUCCUUGGUAGAACACGAAUUUCGACAUAAUCUGCCCGGUAUAAUUACCUGUAAGGUGUGCAAUCGCAUUUUCAAACAUCACAAGAAUCUCAUGCGUCACAUUAAGAUGCAUGCCGACCAACCUGUUCCUUACAUGUGUGACCUGUGCGGAAAAACGUUCACGCAGAAGGGCUCACUUACUAUUCAUCGACGAAUACAUACUGGUGAGCGACCAUUUUCCUGUGAACUUUGCCACAAAGGUUUCGUUGAUAAAAAAGAGAUGCGUCGUCACUACACAUCCCAUUUUAAUCCCCAAAGUAAGCUAUACAUACCGGAAGCUCAUAACUUAGCAACACCACCAGAGGCUGGUCCAACGGGGAAAAAAUAUAAAACUUACAACUGUAAAAUCUGUAGCCGCCAAUUUACUUCUAGCUCAAAUCUGGCUAAGCAUGUCACAACUCACACCGGGGAAAAAAAGUACAUGUGUGAAUUUUGUGACAAGCGCUUCAGUCAGGGAGGACAAUUGACAGUGCAUCGUCGAAUUCAUACAGGCGAACGACCUUUUGCAUGUGAAAAAUGUGGUGAUAGAUUCUUGGAUGGUAGCAGCUUCAAACGCCAUAAAACUCAAAAUCUUUGUAAAAUAAAUAAAAUAGAAGCAUCCUCACAUUUGAAAAACGAUGCAAUAUCAGGAUACGGCCUUGGAAACGCUAUAGUAGCCACAAACCAACUACUGACAAUAACAAAAGACGAAUUGCUACCACAUGCAUCAGGAGUCUCAGCCGCUUGUCUUCCAGCAAUGUCCUCUACACCGUCUAUAGUAACUUCAUUUUCGUCUACUCAUUUAAUGUAAUGUGUAAGAAUAUUGCUUCAAGGGUUCAGUAUCACUUAAGUCUAAUUCAAAUGAAUCGAAAAUGAAGUCCCAAGCAAUAUAACCUCAAAUGAGUUUCUCCACCAUAUAACUCUUGAGUUUUAAUUUGUUGCAAGUUUAUGUACAGAAAAUAUGUAUUUAGUACUGAAGAAUAAUAUUCAAAAUAUGAUUUUACACUAUUAAUAUAUAAAACAACAGCUUUUAUACGCGUAGUUCGUGU